AUGAAGCAAUACAUUCAAAAUUUGGAAAAACGACAACAGAGGUGUAAGCGGAGCGCGCCCUCUGGUGAGAGAUUGAUUGAGAAUCUGGAUGAUAUUUCUCGAUGUUCUGUUUGUUUUGACAAAUUUAAAACGCCAAGGUAUUUGCCAUGUUACCACUCCUUCUGUCAUGGAUGUCUUUCGUCCUUUAUCGCCUCGUCGUGUCAAUCCAAAGAGACUUCUUUCGGAUUUCCUUGUCCAUUAUGUCGAGAUUUCAUUCCUUGUGUUGGUGAACCCGAAUCAUGGAUUGAACACUUUCCGAUUAAUGAAACAUUAAUGAAGUUGAUCGAUGUUAGUGACAGUGUGAAAUUUUGUGAACCUUGUAAAACAGAAGAUGAAGAAGCUGAAGCCACAGAUUUCUGCGCCGAUUGUAACGAGACUAUGUGUAAAACGUGUUCGAAAUAUCACCGAAAAUUUGUCGCUACUUGUGACCAUAUUUUGUGUCCAUUGAACAGGGUAAAUCAAAGAAGUCUGCAUUCCAACUUAUACAAAACUUGUCGUCAACAUAAAGGCAGGCCUAUUGAGUUAUUCUGCUAUGACCAUGAUGAACCUUGUUGUUCCCUGUGUGCGGGCACUAGGCACAGAAAAUGUAACUUUGUUAUGAAGAAAAACUGCUCAAUUAAGUAUCUGACUGGGGAAAUGGAAAUAUAUGAGCAAAACCUUUCAGAGCUGAAGAAAUUAGAAGACAAAAAUAUUGAAGACCUUGACAAUAGAUCUGAGGUUCUUACAAAAGAUGCAGAAGAACUGGAAGAAGAUAUAGUUAACCAUAUCAGAAAACUAAAAGAUGUUUAUCUUAACCAACUUUCCAAGUUUUUAAAAGAAAGCAAAGAAAAAAUAAAUAGAAAUAUAGAUACUAUGACUGACAAAUCUCAUUGUAUCCAGAAAUGCAAGCAAACACUAUCAGACAUUGAUGAUAAUACAGAAAUAGUUGAAUAUGUUGUGAAAUUUACCAAUGCUAAACAGAUUUUUCAACAUGUGCAGAAAUCACUUACAAGGAGAGUACAUUUCUCUCUCGAAAUGGAAAAGUGCCUUGAACCAGAUAAUUCCAAAGCAAAUCAAUUGUUUUCAUUUCCAAAUUGCAAUUAAAAGAUUCUAUUCAAGAAGUUUUAGAUGGCAUAGACAUU